AUGGCUCGAUUGAUGCUGUUACUUUUGCUGAUCGCCCCUUCGAUUCUUAUCUCUACCGCUGAGAGUGGACAAAAGGUAAUUCAGUUUAAAAUAUUGCGUUUUCACCAAGACAAUUUUAGCUUAACUCUGCCCAAGUUGAAUGUGAUGGCGUUGAUUUUCGCGCUUAAUAUUUUAUCCUAUGGCGUAUUAUGGGCUAUCGAUGCUUACCCUUCGUUCACACGGAGGUCACAGAGGUCGAAAAUUUGACUGGCGUGUUGUGAACACCAUGGCCGUUGAAAUUCUUGUACUCCAAAGGUGUGGUUGCAUGGAUGCGUGGUUAUUCAGCUGGGAGACGCCAUUUUAGAUUUGCUAAAGUAGCGCUCUGCAAUUAGGCGGAUGGUACAACCAUCGUAGAAAUUAGAAUUCAAUCCGGUUUGUCAUUUUUAUGUGAACAGAGCGAAAAUUUUGAACGGUUCCGCGUGAACGAAAUUUUUAGCCGGUUACACAAUUUUCCGAUGCCGUGAUGUGAACGCUAAAGAACAAGUGUCUGACGGCCACGCAUUAUUAUGACUCAAGGGCUUAUUGAAUAAAAGGGUAAGAAUCUCAUUCACGUGCCUCGACUAAAGAGACCCGUAUUUAUAUGCAUUUACAUAAUAAUAUAUAGCGAAGUUACUCAUUUGUCUAUACUCAGUUAUUAAAAACAUUAAUAACAAAAUAUGGUACCACUUCUUAUUUUACAUGUGUUUUCGCAGGCCUAUACAUUCAGGUUAUCCAAAGAUAAGUAUGAAAGGAUCAAAGUCGAUGCUAACAAGAACUCAGAGACUUUCUCUUUGCGUCAAGCUUCCUCGGGCAAGAACGAAGGAGACUAUGUCUACGACUUCAACAAGGUCAGUAACUAACAUAAAAGGUCAAACCCCCUCAACUGAAUUUAAUCUAAAUCUAGAGUCUUAUGGUUAAAACUUGAAAUUAUUUUUCAGUGAGAACUAGUCAAACCUUAGUUUCUCUGACUUUCGGUCUUUAUAACGUUAAGAUAAAAGGCGGAUAUUAAAUGCGAAAUUAUCACUGCACAGUUUUGCGGAAACGACGUCUCUGAAAUGGACAUAAAACGCCAUUUUUUUAUGGUUUCUGACAGAACAUAAAGCAAGAGGACCAAAACUAUAUACAGGAUAUUAUAAAAGAGCGUCUUGAUUUCGUAUCAAUUAGCCUGUAUAAUAAGUUACGACUCGAGUUUUCAUAAAAUAAGUCGACGCCGAAAGAGAUAUAGUUGACCACGGCACUAAGCAAGCAAAGAAAAAUUAGAAGCCUAAUCUGCGACUCUCACUUUUGUUUAGUUGGUUUGAUUCAAAAUGAUAAACUAAAAAGGUAACUUUGACAAAAGUAUUUAUUAGGCAAUCACGUUAUUUUUUAUUUAUUUUAUUUAUUUAUUUAUUUUUUUAAAUCUUUUGUAUCUAUUGAUCCUUGCUUUAUAUUGGCUUAACUUUACUGCAGAACUUGACGAUGAUUCGAUUGCCAGAGGCAAACGCCUGCUUUUUAAGAUACUCCAUUGGAAACGUUCCUCGACCAGCUGACUUGCUGAAACUACUUCAGUUGGUACGUGUCUGAUGAUCUAAAACAAACGACGUUAAAAUUAGCGUUAGGCUAAUUUUUAAUGUACGAGUUUUUAACUUAAGUUUCUAGAAUACAUGCAGCAAUUAAUAUCGGAAAAAGGACUUAAUUGAGGCCAGUUGGCCUGUAAUCAUACGCGAUACGAAUGAUUAAGCAAAAUCAGGCGGGCCAUUUAACGAGUAUCCGAUUCGUCUAAUUAUAACAUCAGCUCAUUACAGAGAGAACUUAAUAACACGAACUUCCUCAACAGUUGAUCAUAACUUAACAAAAAUGACAGUGCAAAGAGAAGAACACACUUUAAGUUUUAAUGUCUUUUUUAUAUAUAUCUAAGGAGACAAGAUCCACCCAGUCGGGUUUUGGCCACACUUAAGAUAAAAGAACCCAUUUGAGUCCUAUCAAUCUCGUCAAAUUUCAGCGCUAUCAUUAGUUUUUAAGAAUCACUGCAUGAUGUCUUUUUUUACCAUCCAGUUACACGUUCUGUCCUUUUAGUAAUUACUAAAUCAAGAUUGCCACUAGCUAAUUACACUGGAGAGAUUUGUUUAAAGUAUUUGUUUAUUUAUUUAUUUCAGUUACUAAUUUCUUUAUUUAUUCUAUUCUAAGUUAUACCUUGAAUUUUGCUGACCCUUGCAGCCUAUUGAUAAUUCCACUCGAAAUUAUUCAUUAAUUUUUCACUCUGGUUUACACCAAUCAUAGGUGCAGAGGAGUGCAGAUUCUAAAGUGACCACUACGUCAGAGGAGAAUUUCAAGGCUGUUGGCAAGCUGAGUGACCAUUCGGGCUUGAGUGACGAGAUGAAGGAUCUAUGUGCAGAGUUGCCAAUUUACCGAAUCCGGAAGAUAAAUGAGAAACAGAAUGACGCUGAUGAAAUGGAAGAUCCAAUAAUGGAUGCAAACGAUUUAGUAGAUGUAGUAAAAGAAGGGGCAAAAUCAGCGGCUAAAGGUAAUAAAAUAAUUAAAUGGAAAUCAUGUUCUUGUAGAAGCUAUAACAAUACAAUUAUUUCUUUUAAGAAAAUGGAUAGAUCAACUAAAAGGUAACGUUUGUAGACCCUGCAAAUGUACAACUAAGAGUGAACCAAAGACAUCUUCUCUUUGUAUGAAGACCCCUUUAUAUCAAGAAACCCGUUUAAUUUAAACCAGAUUUAUCAAAAUAAGAAACACGAAAAAACAAAAUUGGGGCCUAGUUUUGAUCAGUCUAAGCCUUGUUUUUUCAAUUUCAAACAAUGGCGCCGUCCACACUCUUCCUGGAAGGCCGAAACCGCAUGCGGCUAUUAUAUUUGCGUCCACACGAAUUCUCUGUGUGGCUGUUUCCGGUUUGGAUUCACCCAUCCACAAGAAAAGGCUACUACAAUUUACAUUUGCUAACUACCAAUUUUUUCCCCACUCUUCUUCGAUGGCCAGGCCUGCCUUUAUGUUUACAAUUACUUGACAAGGCUGAUCGGAAAGUUUGGAUACAAAUCAUUUGCCCAAUAUUUCUCCGGUUAGGCAUAAAUAACCUUGAUUGGGGGCUUACAUUACAAGGACGUCACAGUUCUGCCUGUAGAUAAUUGUCCCAUCAGGCACUUAUAAACCCUCAACAAACCCCAAAUCGGCUCUGAACAAAUCCAAAAUCGGCUGUCACGAUGCUGACAACGAGUUGAAAAACAAAUUGUUGUCUACCACUUUGAAUUUGUAAAUUUAGUUUGAAAUCGAGAAUAUCUGGUUUCUGAUCGUCUAAUAUACAAAUCGGAUUAAAAAAAAUUGCAAUUUUUUAUAGAGGCAGUUUGGACGAGGGGAAUCACUGGUUUCGUGUGGCCGACUCGUGUAAAAAAAUAUACGUUUUCAAAAGUCGUAUCGACUCUGUGUACCAGGGUAUAAUUUAAUUCAAUACAGUUUGGGUUACCCUUUAUCUAUCAGUAAACAUUGCAAUGACUAUAUUUACUGUAAAAGAACCAAGCAUCUCAGUAGAGAUAAAAAUUCACACGUCUGAAGUCUAAAAAGUGCUAUCCUACCUCAAGCCGUUUCUCAGGUUCGCAUUUAAAUAACCUGAAAAAGUUAUAACUGCCCUACCUUUUGUGCCUAUAGGUUACGUCAAGAAAUGGGUCUGCAAACGAGUUUGUAGAGACGUGCGCAAAUGCGUCAAUGUCCCAAAGGUUAGCUGUAGUUGGAGACGCUGUAAGACUUCUUAUCACCGAACCUGCUGGAUCGUAAAGACCUUAUGCCCGUAUGCCUGCCAAUGGGUUUUGACAUAUGUGACCAGAUUUAACAAACUAAGAAACAUGAAUACAUUUUCCGUGUAAGCUUUGUAUUUUCAAUUCCAAACAAUGGCGUCGUCCACACCAAUCCGGGAAGGCCGAAACUACUAAUAUUUGCGUCCACACGAAUUUGCUGUGUGGUUGUUUCCGGUUUGGAUUCACCAAUCCUUAAAAAAACGCCACUGCAGUUUGCAUUUUCUAAGUACAAUUUUUUUUCACUCUUCUCCGAUGGCCAGGACCGCCUUUAUGUUUAAACUUACUAAGCAAGGCUUAUCGGACAGUUAUGGAUGGGUAUAAAUUCACUAGCCCAAUAUUUCCUCGGUUAGGCAAAAAUUAACCUUGAUCAGGGGCUUACACAGCGAGGAGUUCACAGUUCUGCCAAUAUAUUGUCCCACCAGGCACUCAUACAAUCCCUGAACAAACCCAAAAUCGGCUGGCACGAGACUGAUAACGAGUUGAGAAACAAAUUGUUGUCCACUACUUUGAAUUUGCAAGUCUAGUUUUUAAACUAAACUACAGUUUUGAAUUGGAAAAUAUUCGGUUUCAAACGUCUAAUAUACAGAUCGCAUUAAAAAAGAGAGCGAUUUUUACUAGAUGCGGUUUAGACGAAGGGAUUCACUGGUUUCGCGUGGCCGACUCUGGUGUAAGAAAAAAAAAAAAGGUGUUUUCAAAAGUCGUAUCAACAUUAUAAACCAGGGCAUGAAUUAAUUCAAUAUUAAUAGUUUUGGUUGUCCUUCAUGUGUGAGUAAACUUUGCAAUGACUAUACUUACUAUAAAAGAACCACGCAUCUCGGUAAAGAUGAAAAUUAAUACGUCCAAAAUCUAAAAAGUACUACUAUACCGUACUUCAAAUUCGCAUUUGAAUAACCUGAAAAAGAUAUAACUCCUCUACUGUUUGUUCUUAUAGGCUUGGUAAGGAAAUGGGUGUGCAAAAAAGUUUGUGAAUACUUGCCCAAAUGCAUCAGGAUCCCAAGCGUUAGCUGCAGUUGGAGAGGCUGUAGAACUUCUUAUCGCCGAAGCUGCUGGACUAUAAAGAACUGCCCGCAAAAAUGCGUAUGGGUUUGGAUCGCAGCCUCUGCGGCGUCCCAAGGAUAA